UGACAUCUUAAAGCCAGGAGAUGACGAAGGGGCGGGGUGCAGAAAGGACUGGGGCUCCUGCGGGGAUGAGCCGAGCGUUCCGGGAUUGUAGUCAGGGCCUCCUGGAAGGGGAGGCAGAGGCCACACGGUCGUGGCCGUGCACACCAGCCAAGCGCGGGCGGUGGAAGAUCAGGGCUGCCUGAGGGCUUCCGUAUUGGCUGCUCUCAGAGCGACUUACUGUUAACUGUUUCAUCGCUUAGCAGUUAGAACCAAAGAACGGAACCGUCUUGCUUUAGGUUCUGGCUGAGCCUGGGUCGUGGUCGCUCCCGGUGUUGUCCCUCAAGGCAUGUAGAAAUGAAGUGUUGACUUAAAUUCGGCGGAAGAUGGGUACCUAGCUGCACCCAGGGGUGGGUGCUCAUCUCCUCUGUUGCAGGCUCCGUGGCUGGUUUGGACUCGCUGCACGCAGGCAGUUUAGUAGUGGAGGUGGCACCAGCAUCCCCCUCUCUACUCCCUUACCUGGCGCACCCAAACCCAUUUUUGCGACAGUCGACGGACAGGAAAAAUUUGAAACCAAAGUCACCACGCUGAAUAACGGGCUUCGCGUGGCAUCUCAGAAUAAGUUCGGACAGUUUUGUACAGUGGGAAUCUACUGCCCGAUUUGACAGUAAAGAUGAGAUUCUGCUCACCUUGGAGAAGCAUGGGGGCAUCUGCGACUGCCAGACCUCCAGAGAUACCACUAUGUACGCUGUGUCUGCCGACAGCAGAGGCUUGGAUACUGUUGUGGGCUUACUGGCCGACGUGGUCCUGCAGCCUUGCCUGACAGAUGAGGAGCUGGAAAUGACACGGAUGGCAGUCCAGUUUGAGCUGGAGGACCUGAACAUGCGGCCCGACCCGGAGCCACUCCUCACUGAGAUGAUCCACGAGGCUGCUUACAGGGGGAACACAGUGGGCCUCCACCGAUUCUGUCCCCCAGAAAACAUUGCAAAGAUCGACCGGGAAGUGCUUCACUCCUACCUGAGGAGCUACUACACGCCUGAGCGCAUGGUGCUGGCUGGAGUGGGCAUGGAGCACGAGCACCUGGUGGAGUCCGCCACCAAGCACCUGCUGGGGGUGCAGCCAGCCUGGGGGGAUGCGGGGCCCACAGCCGUGGACCGGUCAGUGGCCCAGUACACUGGUGGGAUCGUCAAGCUGGAGAAGGACAUGUCCAACGUCAGCCUGGGCCCAACCCCCAUCCCCGAGCUCACGCACAUUAUGGUGGGCCUCGAGAGCUGCUCCUUCCUGGAGGACGACUUCAUCCCUUUUGCAGUGCUGAACAUGAUGAUGGGAGGUGGUGGCUCCUUCUCGGCUGGCGGCCCCGGCAAGGGCAUGUUCUCCAGACUCUACCUCAACGUGCUCAACCGGCACCACUGGAUGUACAACGCCACCUCCUACCACCACAGCUAUGAGGACACUGGCCUCCUGUGCAUCCACGCCAGUGCUGACCCCAGACAGGUUCGAGAAAUGGUGGAGAUCAUCACCAAGGAAUUCAUCCUGAUGGGCGGAACUGUGGAUGUGGUGGAGCUGGAGCGGGCCAAGACGCAGCUGAUGUCCAUGCUCAUGAUGAACCUGGAGUCCAGACCCGUGAUCUUUGAGGAUGUGGGGCGGCAGGUGCUAGCCACUCACUCCCGCAAGCUGCCCCACGAGCUCUGUGCGCUCAUCCGUGACGUGAAGCCAGAGGACAUCAAGCGGGUGGCUGCCAAGAUGCUGCGCCGAAAGCCUGCGGUGGCAGCCCUGGGCGACCUAAGCGGCCUGCCCAGCUACGAGCACAUUCAGGCUGCGCUGUCCAGCCGGGACGGGCGCUUGCCCAGGACGUACCGGCUCUUCCGGUAGAGCCCCUGGAGGGCCAGCUGAGAACAGUGUGCACAUGUGCCAUGGCCUGGACCAUGUGAAGGACCUCGUGUGAGCAGUGUUGGGGUGACUGUUGAAGCCUGCACCCCUGGUCCCUUUGGGAGGCAGCUCGACGGGCGGGGCAAUGUGGCCUUCGCCCCAGAAGGAAGGUGGUGUCCACCCGUUAGGGUACUCUCCAUGGCAGAGCCCUGGGCGCGGACUACGGGUUUGGCUCUCCCUGGCCCAAAAGCCACGUGGUGCAGACUGAACCGGUGGGAGUGGUGUGCGCUGCCAUCUCUGCCAAUAAAAUGCUGACCACCA